AUGAAGACAACUCAGGAACAUCAAAAUUCUUAUGAUGUUUUGAGGCGUCGUCUAGAGGAAUUUGAAAUAGGGGAUCGAGGAUUGUUAAGGGUACCCUCGAUGCUUGGAUGGGUUCUUUUUGGUGCUCGAGAAAAGUUAAGCCCUAGGUCUAUUGGACCCUAUGAGAUUUUGGAACGUUUGAAGUGGUGCCGCGUAAUCUCAUGUUUUAGACCUAGAGCCGCCACAUUUUCUUAUGUUGAACAACCUGUUCAUAUUUUAAGUACGAAAGUCCGUAGUACUCGAAGAAAUGAUAUCAACAUGCUUAAAGUUUUAUGGGCAAAUCAUGAGCGAGAGGUGACUACAUAUGAGACCGAACUCUCCAUGCGUGAGAAGUACCCGCACCUAUUUCAGGUCAGUAAAAGUUACGGGGACGUAACUUCCUUAAGGGGGGUGAAAGGCGAUAGGAAUUUCGAGCGAAUUAGUAGAAAAGUCGAUGUAUGCUGUCAGUUUGUUGCGAUAGGUACAUCCGUGAUAUGA